AUGGCAAAUAUUUUACUCUUAGAUAAUAUAGACUCAUUUACUUAUAAUCUUGUAGAACAACUAAGAAACCAAAAAAAUAAUGUUUUAAUUUAUCGUAAUACAGUAGAUAUUCAUAUUAUUUUAAAAUCUCUUAAAGAACUAAAAAACCCUAUUCUAAUGUUAUCACCUGGUCCUAGUUUACCUAAAAAUGCUGGGUGCAUGUUAGAUUUGAUAAAAAAAGUUAAAGGUCAUAUCCCUAUAAUAGGAAUUGGUUUAGGUCAUCAGGCAAUAGUAGAAGCUUAUGGUGGGAUUAUUGGAUAUGCAGGUGAAAUAUUCCAUGGUAAAGCAUCACUGAUCAACCAUGACGGUUUAGAGAUGUUUAAAGGCAUAACUCAACCAUUACCUGUUGCUCGAUAUCAUUCAUUAGUCUGCAACAAAAUUCCAAAAAAUUUUAUAAUUAACUCGUAUUUUGAAAAAAUGAUUAUGUCUGUAAGAAAUAACUUAGAUCGAGUAUGUGGUUUUCAAUUUCACCCCGAAUCUAUUUUAACAACUUGCGGAGAUCAGAUAUUAGAAAAAAUAAUUAGUUGGGCAUCGUUAAAAUAUAUUAAAGAAUAA